AUGGAUGAAAACAGAGCUCCCAUCGUCCCUUAUGUGUACAUUAAGCACACUGGUAAAGUGCUAGACGCCAAACCUGUCAGAGUGGUUAGCUCCUGUAACCUGGACAUCUACACCUUCCCCUUUGACGUCCAGAACUGCACCUUCACCUUCAGAUCCUACAUCCAUCACGGUAAGACGUCAAUGCAACCAUGCUUUAGGACUUCUUUGAAGAUAAAAGUCCGAUACCAAACCCAUCGCUCCUUCUCUCUCAAAAAACCUUCCUGACUCUCUUUUGCAAUCUAAAAUGAUAGGUAUGAAACAUGUUGGUCCAUUGAGUCCAUUGGAGUUUUUUAUAUAUGACUCGGUGUCAACCAAGGUGUCAACCAAGGGAUCCGUUUGGUAUUAGGCCCAAGUUUACCAUCCCCUCAGUACAGCUCAUGUUCUGCUUCCAUAUAGGUUCAGCCCAUUCAUCCCAGUAUGUCCCAUUCCUUUAUCUCCCCUGCAGUGUCGGACAUAAGGAUGAUCUUAGGGAAGAAGGUGGAGGACAUCCUGAAACACUCCAGGAGCGUGUUGUCCACUGAAGGGGAGUGGGAGCUGAUGGACAUCAAAUCAAAGAAGUACAAGUUAUCAGAAAUCGAUCAGGGAGAAAGCAACCCCUAUGAUGAGCUCUGCUUCUAUGUACGAACCCAAAGCACUGCAAUUUCUCAGACGCCAUUCAUUUGGCUUUACUACUACUGAACGUUGAGUUCUCUAUUUUUCUAGCGCUACUUUUGUUUCAGAGAGUACUUCAUGUUUCACACAUAGGAUGCUAACCCAGCUAUUUAUGGCUUUGUCUUAUCUGAAAUGGGAAUCUACUGCACCACACCAGAUCACCCUUGAAGGUUGUCUUUCACCAUUGUGUCUCUAAACUGUAGAUUGUCCUGAGGCGCAGAGCCACCCUCUACGUGGUGAAUCUUCUGAUCCCCAGCUGCCUCCUCAUCACUGUGGAUCUCUUCAGCUUUCUGCUGCCUCCCCAGAAUGUGGACCGCUCCUCCUUCAAGAUGACCCUUAUUUUAGGCUACUCAGUCUUCCUGCUCAUCGUGAAUGACCUGCUGCCCGUCACAGGAAACACCAUCCCACUGAUAAGUGAGUAUGAAACAUAUGUACUGGAAACACCAUAUUUGUCGUAAGUCAUAAAUGUAGAGGUAUAUGUUUACUUUGUCUUAUUGAAUAACCUUGUUAGGUUAAGUGUCUUUUUUGAACUCCUAAGAGUGGCUGAAUAUCUUCCUCUCUUCACAUCCCUCUUCCUCUUGCCCAUGCAGAUGUGUUCUUCGCCAUCUGCUUGGCUCUGAUGGUGGCCAGCCUGCUGGAGACUAUUCUCAUCACUAACCUCCUGGUCGGCUCCAGUAACUUCCACCCAGUGCCUGGCUGGGUCCGAGUGCUCGUCCUGCGCUUCAUGGGCACCCUCGUCUGGCUGCCUCAGAAAUCCAGAGAGGACAUGAUCAUCCUCAAUCCAGUUGCAGGAGGUACCCCUGAUCUGAUCCCUCCAGGGAGUUACAAUUAUACAGACUUUUGGGCAAUUAGCAGAUACUUGUCUUGUCCAACCCAAAGCAAUACAGUGAAAACUUUCAAUCACAGGCCUGAACAGUAACAUAAAUGCAGGUAUCACUCUGAGAAAUGUUUCCAGCCAUUUGACUAGGUCCGACCUUAGACAGAAUUGUACUAUCAACGUACAUCAAUAAUUUAUGUCUAUAGGAGGUACAUUCAUAAUUUCACCUUCCUCCCUUCCUUCCCUCUUGUCUCUAAGAAACAGACGUGAAAGUCUGCCCUCUAGUGAUGCUGGAGAGACAGGUUCAAACAGGAGAACCAGGUGAGAAGGGGGCAGAGGCAGCCGAUCCAGCCCUGGCGGAGCUGAGGAAGCUGGGCAAUGACCUGCAGUCCAUCCGCCUCCAGGUGGCCCAGCAUGUGGACGGGAACCAGAUCUCCCAGGACUGGAUGCAGGUGGGCUACAUCCUCGACCGACUGCUGUUUGGCGUCUACGUCAUCUUCAUCACCUUCAGCUUCAUCGUCAUCCUCAGCAUUUGGAGUAAUUCGUACUCCAGGUAAAAACAAAUUGGUGGGUAAACGCCAUUCGUUGUGAAUAAAGUAACACUCCCUAAAUGUUCUAUGCAUUUUUCCACAAUAGGUGGCUAAAUGUUUGUGUAAAAUACAAAAUGUGUGGAAAUAGCGUUUACCCUCCACUACACCACUGCUUACAAGAUUUAGGAGUCUGCCAUGUUGUCGACUGCUGGUUAAACAAUUACCUUAUAAUUACCAUAACUUUAACAAUUGUUUGUUUUAUCUUCUGGCUGCACUGAGUAGGUGUGUUGACUGAUAUAUUACAAUAUUAGAGGAAAUCUAUUUUCCUUUGUCAAAUAAAAGUACUUUCACGAAAACCACUGUUUCAUUAGUAACAACAAUUCAUUGGGGUUAUCUGAGACGUUUUCUGAAUUGUAAUGUUGAUGGUGGAUCAAUGUUGAUGAUGAAGAAGAUCUCUCACACAAGACAUGGAUCAAUGACAUGGAAAGUAGGGGAUCAUCCAAAAACCACAUCCUUGUUUGAUUAGAGUGUAGACAUACAGAAAGUAUUAUUUCAGUAUUUUAUUAGGAUUCCCAUUAGCUGUUACGAAAGCAGCAGCUACUCUUCCUGGGGUCCACACAAACAUGAAACAUGACAUAAUACAGAAUAUUAAUAUACAAGAACAGCUCAAGGACAUAACUAAAUGAAUUUUAAAACGACACACAUAGCCUACAUAUCAAUACAUCUACACAAUAUCUAGGUCAAGAUAGGGGAGAGGCGUUGUGCCGUGAGGUGUUGCUGUAUUUGCUUUUUGAAACCAGGUUUGCUGUUCAUUUGAGCAAUAUGAGAUGGAAGAGAGUUCCAUGCAAUAACGGCUCUAUAUAAUACUGCACACUUUCUUGAAUUUGUUCUGGAUUUGGGGACAGUGAAAAUACCCCUGGUUGAAUGUCUGGUGGGGUAAGUGUGUGUGUCAGAGCUGUGUGUAAGUUGACCAUGCAAACAAUUUGGAAUUUUCUUCUAAAAAGAAUAAGUGAUGCAGGCAGACACUCCUCAACUCUUAGCCAGGAGAGACUGGCAUGCAUAGUAUCUACAGUAUAUUACCCCUAUGAUUACAAUGAAGAGUAAGACGUGCCACUCUGUUCUAAUCCAGCUGCAGCUUAACUAGGUCUUUCUUUGCAGCACUUGACCACAUGACUGGACAAUAAUCAAGAUAAGAUAAAACUAGAGCCUGCAGGACUUUUUGGAGUGUGGAAGAGCAUCUCUUUAUUACGGACAUACCUCUCCCCAUCUUUACAACCACUGAAUCUAUAUGUUUUGACCAUGACAGUUUACAAUCUAAUGAAACACCAAGUUAUUUAGUCUCCUCAACUUGUUCAACAGCCACACCAUUCAUUACCAGAUUCAGCUGACGUCUAGAGCAUAGGGAAUGAUUUGUACCAAAUACAAUGCUCUUAGUUUUAGAGAUGUUCAGGACCAGUUUAUUACUGGCCACCCAUUCCAAAACUGACUACAACUCCUUGUUAAGGGAUUCAGUGACUUCAUUAGCUGUGGUUACUGACACGCAUAUGGUUCAAUCAUCAGCAUACAUGGACACACAGGCUUUGUUUAAUUCCAGUGGCUCGUCAUUGGUAAAAAUAGAAAAGAGUAGAGGGCCUAGAGAGCUGCCCUGCAGUACACCACAACCUACAUGUUUGACAUUAGAGAGGCUUCUAUUAAAGAAAACCCUCUGAGUUCUAUUAGAUAGAUAGCUCUUAAUUCUCAAUUCUAUUAGAUAGAUAGCUCUUAAUUCUCAAUUCGGCAGAGGUUGAAAAUAUAUAAAACAUACAGUACCAGUCAAAAGUUUGGACACACCUAGUCAUUCCAGGGUUUUUCUUUAUUUUUACUAUUUUCUACAUUGUAGAAUAAUAGUGAAGACAUCAAAACUAUGAAAUAACACAUAUGGAAUCAUGUAGUAACCCAAAAAGUGUUAAACAAAUCAAAAUAUAUUUUAUAUUUGAGAUUCUUCAAAUAACCACCCUUUGCUUUGAUGACAGCUUUGCACACUCUUGGCAUUCUCUCAACCAGCUUCACCUGGAAUGCUUUUCCAACAGUCUUGAAGGAGUUCCCACAUAUGCUGAGCACUUGUUGGCUGCUUUUUCUUCACUCUGCGGUCCGACUCAUCCCAAACCAUCUCAAUUUGGUUGAGGUCUGGGGAUUGAGGGGGCCAGGUCAUCUGAUGCAGCACUCCAUCACUCUCCUUAUUGGUCAAAUAGCCCUUACACAGCCUGGAGGUGUUUUGGAUCAUUGUCCUGUUGAAAAACAAAUGAUAGUUCCACUAAGCCCAAACCAGAUGGGAUGGCGUAUCGCUGCAGAAUGCUGUGGUAGCCAUGCUGGUUAAGUGUGCCUUGAAUUCUAAAUAAAUCACAGACAUUGUCACCAGCAAAGCACCCCCACACCAUAACACCUCCUCCUCCAUGCUUUACGGUGGGAAAUACACAUGCGGAAAUUAUCCGUUCACCCACACCGCGUCUCACAAAGACACGACUGUUGGAAGCAAAAAUCUCCAAUUUGAACUCCAGACCAAAUGGCAUAUUUCCACCGGUUUAAUGUCCAUUGCUCGUGUUUCUUGGCCAAAGCAAGUCUCUUCUUCUUAUUGGUGGCCUUUAGUAGUGGUUUCUUUGCAGCAAUUCGACAGUGAAGGCCUGAUUCACACAGUCUCCUCUGAACAGUUCUGUGAAGCAUUUAUUUGGGCUGCAAUUUCUGAGGCUAGUAACUCUAAUGAACUUAUCCACAGCAGCAGAGGUAACUCUGGGUCUUUCUUUCCUGUUGCGGUCCUCAUGAGAGCCAGUUUCAUCAUAGCGCUUGAUGGUUUUUGCUAGUGCAUGUCUUAAAGUAAUGAUGGACUGUCGUUACUCUUUGCUUAUUUGAGCUGUCCUUGCCAUAAUAUGGACAUGGUCUUUUACCAAAUAGGGCUAUCUUCUGUAUACCACCCCUACCUUGUCACAACAUUUUACAUUUACAUUUUAGUCAUUUAGCAGACGCUCUUAUCCAGAGCGACUUACAGGAGCAAUUAGGGUUAAGUGCCUUGCUCAAGGGCACAUCGACAGAUUUUUCACCUAGUCGGCUCGGGGAUUAGAACCAGCGACCUUUCGGUUACUGGCACAAUGCUCUUACCCACUAAGCUACCUGCCGCCCUGCCUCACAACACAACUGAUUGGCUCCAACGCAUUAAGAAGGAAAUAAAUUCCACAAAUUAACGUUUAAGAUGUAACACCUGUUAAUUGAAAUGCAUUCCAGGUGACUACCUCAUGAAGCUGGUUGAGAUAAUGCUAAAAGCUGGCAAAGCUGUCAUCAAGGCAAAGGGUGGCUAUUUGAAGAAUAUCAAAUAUAAAAUAUAUUUUGAUUUGUUUAACACUUUUUUUCGUAACUACAUGAUUCCAUGUGUUAUUUCAUAGUUUUGAUGUCUUCACUAUUAUUCUACAAUGUAAUAAAUAGUAAAAAUAUAGAAAAACCCUUGAAUGAGUAGGUGUGUCCAAACUGUUGACUGGUACUGUACAUUUUCUCAACAACAGGUUAUUGUCAAUCAUUUCAAGGGCUGCACUGAAAUCUAACAGUACAGAUUCUACGAACUUCUUAUUAUCAAUUUAUUUCAACCAAUCAUCUGUCAUUUAUCUCAAUGCAGUACAUGAUGAGUACCCUUCUCUAUAAGCAUGCUGAAAGUCUGUUGUCAAUUUGUUUACAAGCUAUAGUAUUGUAUUUGGUCAAACACCAUUUUUUCCAACCAUUUGCUAAGAGCUGGCAACAAGCUGAUAGGUCUGCUGUUAGAACCAGUAAAGGCCGCUUUACCACUCUUGGGUAGCGGAAUGAUUUUGGCUUCCCUCCAGGCCUGAGGACAAACACCUUCCUCUAGACUCAGAUGAAAGAUAUGACAGAUAAGAGUGGCCAUAGAGUCAGCUACCAUCCGCAGUAGUUUUCCAUCUAAGUUGUCAAUGCCAGGAGGUUUGUCAUUAUUGAUCGAUAACACACAUUUUUGAGGGAAGUAACACGCGCUGCUGUUUUGGGGUUGUGGGUGGAGCUCUGCAGUUCAGGUAGGCCUAUUUAUAUCCAUUCCCCCACGUUGAUAUUGAUAUAUCUUGUUUCAUUUAUACAUUUGAUGUGUCCUUUACCUGUGCUAAACCUGUCCCCCGCAGAAGUUGGAUAGGAGGGACGGGGACACAGGAGCUACAGAGCUAUAG